AUGGUUCCAAAUGACCUUACAUGGGACGAAGUUAAGUUACAUGAUUUGUGUGAGCAAGAAACCAGGGAAGCCAUCUGGAGAAUUAAAAUAUAUGGAGCUGACAUAGAAGACAAACUCUUCUGGACCAGCACCAGCAAUGGAGUUUUUUCAGUCAAAAGCUGCUACAAUAUCCUCUCCAACAACGGAGAGACCUGUGACUCCAUCUGGAAGGAGAUUUGGACAGCUAAAAUUCACGAGAGACUCAAGAUGUUUCUUUGGAGGCUUGCUGCUGAUGUUCUAUCUACGAAGGACCUUCUCUUUGAACGAAUUGGCAAGGGGGACCCAAGCUGCUCUUUUUGUGGUUCUUCCAAAGAAACUCCUUCACACCUCUUCUUAGAGUGCCCGGUUGCAAGAGCAGUGGCUUUUGGCAGCAAAUGGGGUCUUAGACUGGAUUCUAUUCCCCUUAGAAAUAUGCAGGAGAUGGUGCGAUGGUGUGUAAAUCCUCCUCAUCAGAUGUACUCGAAUCUAGGAGGGAAAGACUUCACUUUUUUACUUUUUACCACUUUUCUCUCCAUAAUCUGGGAGUUACGUAAUGACAAGGUUUUUCAAGACAAAAGCUCCAUAGCCUUAGCAACAGCUAGGUGGGAGUCGUUGUUUGAAGAAUGCAAAUUUGUGGCUCUAGUUCAAGACUAUUUGCCUCAGCCUAGCAGAAAAGCAUUCUGGCAUCCCCCUCAAAAUGGCAGAAUCUGCAUCAAUACUGAUGCUGCGUGCACUUCAGACAAAGCGGCAAUUGCUCUAAUAGCCAUGGACUACAAAGGCAUAAUCAAACAUCUCGCAGCCGAACCUAUACCUCCGGUAAGAACUGACAUUGCUGAACUUCAAGCUAUCGAGUGGGCCGCUUCUUUUGUAGAGGAGUCGGAUUGGAAAGAUGUGGAUUGGCUUUGUGAUGCCCGAUCAGUUGUGGACCAACUUAAUAACUCUUCGGACCCUUGUAAAUUGGAAUCGUGGUCAUUGGUUAAAAAGCCUAGAGACAAAAUGAAGGCUAACAAUUGGACAAUUUCUUGGACCCCACGUCAAGCAAACAAAAGUGCUGACCUAGCAGCCAAGGCUGCUUUGAAGGAUAACUUUUCUUUUCUUUGUUCUAAUGCUAAUUUUUGUAACUGGCCAGCUACUGUUUUAGCUCAAAUCCUCUCUGAGGAACUUGCUGCUAUUUGUUAUUUGGGGUAA